CACGUCUUCUUUCCUUGCAGCCAAUCAAAUUAAAAAAAAAAACUCUCUCUCUCUCUCUCUCUCUCUCUGGGUUUGGAAAUGGAGGUGGAACCGAGCCCACCGGAAAUAGCAAAGAAGCUGUGGAGCAUAGCGAGAGUCGUCUUCUUCAUGCUAAGAAAAGGUGUAUCGAAGAGCAAGCUAAUGCUUGACCUCCACAUGCUCCUCAAGCGCGGCAAGCUGGCCGGAAAAGCCCUCGGCAACCACAUGCUCCACCACCACUACGCCGCCAUGACCUGCCGCUCCAACGACGUCCACCUCUCCUUCGUCUCCCCCCGCGAGUACGAGUUCAGCUGCAGCAACAGCCCCGUCUAUCCCUCCUACUACUACUCCUCCUCCUCCGCCCGCCGCAACAAGCACCACCAAAGCCACCUCCACCUCCACCACCCCCGGCGCCGCCACUCCGCUGAUGACGACGACGUCAAAGUCGUCCAGAAGGUUUUAGAGAUGCUGAACAAAGAAACCGUGCUCCCGGCGGAGGCGUCCCCACUGCUGCCCGGGUUCGGCCGGAGCCCCAUGGUCCGGCAGCUGAGAGUUACGGACUCGCCGUUUCCGUUGAAGGAUGAGAAGGAAGACAAUGCCCAAGUGGACAAAGCAGCCGAGGAGUUCAUCAAGAAGUUUUACAGAGAGUUAAUGCGUCAGAAGAAAAUGGCGCCGCUUGAAUCACCAUCGCCAUAUCAUAUAUGGGCAAGCUGAUUGAGAUCGAUCGAAUUGUCACAUAACUUCCACUCCUUUUCCUGAUCAAAACUUCCACAUUUUCUCACAGGAGAAAACGUAAACUUUCUCGGCAACAUGCAUCUCAAGAAGUCCAGUGAUUUUUUGCAGGAAACUCAUCAAACACAUUCGUCCUUACCCAUCAUCACAAAGACUUCUUUCUUGAUGUUAAUUGCCGAUCGAGUUGUUACUUUGCUCUGUGAGAAGUGUGAUCAAUCCAUGGCCUUAAUCCGAAGAUCUUACAAAAUAUUUGUUAAUUAAUUCCCAAAAUAACUAGUACUACUAUACGUACUGCAUGUUGUUAAUCUAGCUUGUUUAGCGUGCUUGCUUGCUUGAUUCUUCUCCUUUCGCCAUGUUCAAUAAUCCAAGUGUUGUUUCAGACAAAAAAGAUCAAUAUAUUAACGAACUUUCUUUUCGAAUC